UCUCCAACAAAGCCCACUCUCUCUUUCUCUCUAGAUACAAGAUAGUAUAAUAAAAGAGUUUGCCACCUCUCUUCUCUGCUCUCUCUUCAGUUUCUCAUACUUUCCUCUUCCACCUCCAUUGAUGGAUUCAACGUAUCGACGUCAGCGUCACAACUCUGAAGAAGUGUGUAGCGUAAAGUGGGAUUUCAUCAAAAUGAGCCAACAGGAGGAAGAUCUCAUCUUAAGAAUGUACAGACUCGUAGGCGAUAGGUGGGAAAUAAUAGCAGGAAGAGUACCGGGAAGAAAAGCUGUGGAGAUAGAGAGAUAUUGGAUCAUGAGAAACAACACACAUUUCUUGCCUCCAUCUUCCAAAUUUUAACCUCCUUCUUGUGCUGUGCCUCCCAUGUUUGUUUUAAGUGUUAUAUUUUCAUUUCCAAAACUAAAAACUAGAUGAGGAAAUUAUGUGUGAGUCAAUGCGUGUUGGUGGCUUUGGCCUUUACCUAAUCUCAUCAAACCGGAUUAAAUGCUCGGAAUUUAAUAACAGAACAAAUCUACGUAUCUGUAGAAGUUUCUGUUGACUUAAGUUGAACUUGCA